CCUCGUCCGUCUGCAUGAUCUUCUUGAUCCGCGCCUGGAAAGAGGGGAAGAGAGCUCGGACUCCACCGCUUCCUUCCCGAAAAGGGGUACUGGGGGAUGGAGCCAGGUGAGGAGCCCGAGGAAGAAGACUCUCCAGGCGGCCGGGAGGAUGGCUUCACCGCGGAGCACUUGGCCGCAGAGGCCAUGGCGGCUGACAUGGACCCCUGGCUGGUGUUUGAUGCUCGCAGCACACCUGCCUCUGAGCUGGAUGCCUGGUUGGCCAAGUACCCACCAUCCCAAGUUACCCGCUAUGGGGACCCUGGCUCGCCCAACUCUGAGCCGGUGGGCUGGAUCGCAGUGUACGGGCAGGGCUACGCCCACAACUCUGGCGACGUGCAGGGUCUGCAGGCAGCCUGGGAGGCUCUGCAGACCAGCGGGCGGCCCAUCACACCCAGUACCCUGCGCCAGCUGGCUGUCACCCACCAGGUGCUCUCAGGCAAGUGGCUGAUGCACCUGACACCUGGCUUCAAGCUGGACCACGCCUGGGCCGGCAUUGCCCGAGCCGUGGUGGUCGAAGGCCAGCUUCAGGUGGCCAAGGUGAGCCCACGGGCCAAGGAGGGUGGGCGCCAGGUCAUCUGCGUUUACACGGACGACUUCACGGACCGCUUGGGUGUACUGGAGGCGGACACAGCCAUCCGGGCUGCAGGCAUUAAGUGCCUGCUCACCUACAAGCCUGACGUCUACACCUACCUGGGCAUUUACCGAGCCAACCGCUGGCACCUCUGCCCCACUCUUUAUGAGAGCCGUUUCCAGCUGGGAGGUGAUGCCCGCGGCUCUCGUGUGCUUGAUCGAGCCAACAAUGUGGAACUGACCUAGUGGGGCCAGGCGGGGGAGACCACCCUGGGAUGGGCCAUCCAUGCUGGGAAGGAUGCUCCCCCCUUCCUCCUCGUCACCCCAAGGAGGCCAGGCCCCAGCUCGGGGACUGCCUGCAUCUUCGACUCCCUUGAUCCUCUGCCCUCUGUUUAGGACUAACUCAAGCCCCCACAGGCGGGGGGCUCUGGCUCACUGAGGGCCGGACCCUCAGCCUCUCUUCGCUGCUGCUCCCCUCCCCCUCCCAGGACCACAGGCUGGGGCCAGACGCCAGAGGGGGGAGCCGUCCUCGGCCACCCCUGUCACCUCACCAGGCUGCACCUUCUCUCCUCCUGCAUCGUCCUCUUCGCUUCCUCCCUCACGAGGGAGAAAACUCAGUGCUUCCAGUCCCUCCCCUUGGAGCCUUCGAAGUCCAUGGGGCAGGGGCCCUGUGGGCCAGAGCAUGCCGUUGGGGGUAGGGGAGUCAUUGUGCCCACUCAGCGCCUGGCAGAGAGAGGGGACACCAGGGACACCGGACCCGCCCCUCCCUGCGACUCAGCCUGCACCACCUCCCUUCCUCAGCUCCCUUGUCCCGCGCCUGCUCCUGGUAUUUCAAUA